AAGAGGACAUUUUUGCUGUCAUUCUAGUUUUUUUGUUGUUUUUUGGCGGGGUACUUUAUAAAUGCAAAAUGUAAUUUCGGUCCGUUUUGUUCACGGAAAUCUCAUCAUUUUAGUUUGGGUUAUUUUUGUCAGUUUCCGUGAACUAUCGCAUUACAGGGGUACCAAACUCAUUUCUGUGAAACCAUAUCAGGAAGUCAAGAAUAAUGGGAUGUUCAAGUAUAGUUUAAGUUACUGUAAUGAGGGUUUUGGCAACAAGAAAAGUUCAAAUAGCUCUUUUAUAUUUGACAUAUGAGAAUUUGAAGUCUCGGUCAACAUUUUAGUAAGCAUCACAGAAGUCAACAUUUUUGAUUUGCUUUCGCAGGCCACAUCAAAUGAUACGGCGGGCCAGAUCCAGCCCCCGGGCCUUGACUUUGACACCUGUGUAUUAUUUGUCUUCAUUGUCAGCUUUUUUUUGGGGGGGGUUGGUCAGUACCUCGAUGGAGCCUCCGACGUACACCGAAGCCACAAUGCUACCUUCCGCUGUGGCCGUGGAAGACUUUGAAGUUUGCCCUCCGCCUUCUUAUUACGCUUCCGUUUGCCAGCAUUCGAACCCGCCUCCUUAUCAAGAAACCAAUCCGUUUCCUGCCUUGAUGCCAACUAUCUUCAAUGCCCCUCAGACCUUUCCAGUCACCCGUUCAACACCGGCGGCGGUGGUGUCCCAGCCAAGGUCCGAAGCGACUUCAACGACGUCCAACCUGCUCGGCUCUCCGGGCAGCGUUCGGUGCCCGCACUGCCGCCGCGACAUUGUCACCAAAAUCAAACAAAUGCCCUCGAAGAGGGCUUUCACUUUAUGCUGCGUCCUGUCGUUUUCUGGGCUGGUUUGUGGCUUCUGCCUGAUUCCUUUCAUGAUUCCAGACCUGUGGGAUGUUCAUCACUACUGUCCUCAGUGUGGAAAACAUCUACACGUACAUCAUAAAUCUUGACGUGGAUCCACUCUGGAUUAUUUGGACGCUUUUUGUAUACAGAUCAAGGAACUCUUUUUGGGAGUGAGGGGGGGGGGACUUAAAAAGAAAACAAGACCACAUUAAACGUGGACCAAAAAAAACAACAACUACUAUACCUCCAAAAACGGAAUUAGCAUGUUCAGAAAACAUGUUUUUCUUGGGACUCAUAACAGUAAAGACAUUUUUGGCAUUAAACGUUUGAACAGAAAUAUUA